AUGGUUGCAUACAAGCAGGAAAUGCCUCCGCCUGGAGGAUUUGCUCCUUUCAAUGUCUUCAACAAGGGGGUUAGGAAGCAUCUUAAUGGAUUGUACAUUAUCGGAGCUUUGUAUGUCUGCUCCUUCGCUGGUAUUAAGUAUCGUCUCUACAAAAAAGAGCUUAAAGAGGCCCGUGAUAAUGAGAAUCGGGAGGUGCGAUUGGCGCUGACGCCAUUUCUGGUAGCGGAGCAGCAGCGUAUGUACCUCAAACAACUUGUGAAAAAUCGUAACUAUGAAACGGAGCUCAUGAAGGACGUACCCGGCUGGGAGGUCGGUCAUUGGCACGACACUCCCGUCUACCACAACCCUCGUGACCUCUGGUGUGAGCCCAAUCUCUAUGAGUACUAUGCUCACCUGUCGAGAAAGGAUGCCGAUCGACAGCUUAGGGUGCAUCUCGAAUACUGA